UCCACCGCUAUAGGAUAUAUUUUCUAUAGUAAAAAUGGGAAAAGUUUGCAUCGUAAACAGUUGCCAAAGUGGGCGUAAGAGGAAAAAACAGAAAAAUGUUACGAAAUCCGUAUCUUUUUUCCAACCAACGGUAAGUAUGUAAUUUUCACUACACCUUAUAAAACAAAGUCCCCCGCCGCGACUGUCUGUUCGUGGGUUUGAAUGUAUCUUUGCGAUAAACAAACUACUGGACGGUUUCAGUUCGAUUUUCAUGUAUCAAUAGAGUGAUUCUUGAGGAAGGUUUACGUAUAUAAUUUGUUGACUAUAGUUCGUUUUUUUUAGCAUUAGAAAGAACUUGCAAGAAGGUAAGCGAUUUUGACACGUCUUUUAAUUGAAAAACGCUUUUUAAAAUUCAAAAACUAUUACUGAUGAAAGCAGAAGAAUAUAAAUGAUCGUAUUAGAUUCAUAAUUGUUACAUAUUUGCCGUAACUUAUUUUUAAAAUGUGUUUUUCAAUUAAAAGACACAUCAAGAUUGUUUACCUAAUUUCUAAUGCUAAAAAAAACGAACUAUAGUGCGAAGCCGGUCGCUAGUUAUUUAAUAAAAUAUUAUAUUGUGAUUUUUAUAUUUUUCUUAUAAAAUUCACAAUUUCACUUCAACAAUUCUUCAUUUUUCUAUUAAUUCUCAGACUCCGGCACGGUUAGAAAGUUGGAAAAAGUCGUUAGGAAUUGCAUUAAAAGCAAAUGAUUAUAUUUGCCAUCUUCAUUUUAAAGAAGAAAAUAUAAAUAUGUACGAAAAGUUAACUAUUAAAGGAGAGCUCAAAUAUAUUCCUACACAAAGAAAAACGCUUAAGGAAGAAGCUGUGCCCACGAUUGAGCAUCAGUUUAUUCCCAUUCCCGAACAUGAACUCCAAGCCAAUACUAUUCACAUAGAGGAAUCUUUCGAACCAUACCCCAAUCAACCUAAGGACGAGCAGCAACAACAAAUCAAUGCCGAGCAACAGGAAUUAUCAGAAGAUCAAAAUGAUUCUAAUAAUUUAAUGGAUUAUGAAAUGAUACAACAGGACUUUGCGGAACCAUUGUUUAGUCAAUAUCAGGAUACUAAUGUAACAAUUAAUCCAAUAGAGAAUUUUAAAAGUAAGUUUCGGGCAUUUUCGUUGUUGCCGCCUUUUUGGCUACAUGCAGAAAAUCCUAAUGGGCUGGAAUUUAUGCGAAUGGAUCCAAAAACUCUGAAGAUUAAACAUCAUAUACGUUUAAACGAUGAUCUAACUGUCACUGUAAUUUUUCCCAAUAAUGAACAAUUGCCACUAAAGGAGAAAAUUAAUUCAUAUGACAACACCUACGAUUACUUAAAAUCGGUUGAAAGAUGGCUUUUGUGCGUUGGUACUCAGAUUGACGACAAUAAGUAAGUUUUGGUAGAUUGUUAACCAAGGGAUGAACGCAGUGAGAGUAUAGUCCGAGGCUAAAAUGAUGCCAUUCACCCGAGUUAAACACUCUACUUUUCAUUUCGAAUACGAGGAACCUAGCCCCAAAGCUUGUACUAUGGGUGUAGGCGAUAAUACAACAGUUUGCAGUCGUCUUAUGAAUAUAUAUACCAUAAUGUAACAGUUGUAUUUAAAAUAAAAGGAUAACUCGUAAGCCUAAUAACUUUGAUUUUA